AUGGCAAAACGAACUCUUCUAAUUGCGUUUUUAUUUCUGACCCUGCAAGGUAUGCAACCUGAACAUUUUGGGCGAAAAAGUUAAAUUCAGGGUCGUCCGCGGCGGUGUGUGUCACGAAAACGCUCCAAUUUUGUCAGUACGGUUUCAAUCAGAACCUGAAUGUGACCAGUUCGUCGGCCGAUUGGACCAAUCCCGGCACCCUCAGCUUCAUUAUUCGUUCUUACUAUAUUCAGGUAGAUUUUGGUCUCGCAACGAACUUUUUCUGUGUUUUUUUCAAAAUAGGCGUAAUUGAAAGAUUUCGAAACUUUCUAAACAUUUUUUUAAUCGAACAUUUUGCGCUUAAAUUCGUCUUGAGCUCAAGUUAUGAGCUGAGAAACAAGAAAGAAGUGAGAAACUCGUUUUUUAAAGGAACUACAAAGUUGUAGAGCACAAAAUUUACAACAAUUCAGAAAUUUGGCGUUUAGGCCCUAGCUGUGAUGUAGUUUUCUAGUACAAACAGAAAGUUUGACAAAAUUGUGGUCUUCUUACCGCGAUUUUCAGGGAAUCGACGGUCUGUUGGCGGUGUGCAACGCGCGUCAGCAGUUUGCUCGAUGCCUCGGCGCCCAGUACGACGUCUGCAUCUCUCCGCUCAAUUUCAUCGCUUCCGGAGAGAGUCCUCAGGACGCGCAGGCCUACGUUCAGUUGUUCAGGACGAUGGAGUUCGAUUGCGACGGCGGCUUCAUUCAGUCGUCGCGCCAUUGGGGGUGCAUCGCCGCCAUUCUGCAGACUAGAGAUGGGCAGUUGACGGCGUGCCGGCAAACUUACGACAAUACGGUCAAGAGUGUGAGUGUCCAUCUCAUGAUCCGUUUUUGGCCAAUCGAAAUAUUCAGACGCCUGCGCAGCUGUGCCAAGCGUCGGCCGAUUACGAGACGUGCGUUCGCAGCCAAUACUCGGACACUUGUGGCCCGGAAGUCUCGUGGUGGAGUUGCGAACGGACCAGACGGGGUCUGUCGGUCGACGAGGAUUGUCCGAACGACAUUUGCAGUCUGGUCACCGCUUCUGCCUCUGAAAAGUCUGAAAAGAGUCCGAGACUCGCGGCCGAGCGCAUUUUCAAUCGUGAGCCGGAUGUGGCUCAUGUGCUCAGAUCGCUGGCGGACAAGGCUAAAGGAAAUUGA